GUCUGACUUGGUAUAAGGCAGCUUCCAUAUUAGUACUGGAAGGAAAAUUGUAGAAUUAUAAUAAGGUAGAAAGACUGCCUGAUGUUACAUACUGCAGCAUUCACAUUUGUAUUUGAGAUGAGAAGCACCAAACAGCGGUGGGGAAAAUAAAAUGGUUAAAAUAUAUACAUUAGCAGACACAAAACAAACAUUCCAAAAAGCAACAAUCAAUUAACAAUAAACAAUAACAAGCCAGUAACCCUCUAAUUUUUAAUGAAAUUGAUGCAGAAUGGUGCAUGGUGUUUACAAAUGUUUCACAGUAUGAUGUGUACUGAAGUUAAUUUCUACAAUUUUUGUCCAUGUUAAGCUUGUCAUCUUUUGAAAGUAUUUGUAGUUUAUUAGUAUAGCAUUAUAAAGACACAUAAACAUUUGGACAUUUUCCCCUGAGGCAUAAGAAUGGUAUAGGACUAUUUAUAUUUGGUAUUAUAUAUGUUUAGAACUUUAUUGAAGUAUCAAGUAUCUUCAAAACUAUUAAUUGGCUAAUAUUUCCUUUUUAGUAGGAAAAAUAGGAAUGUUUCCAAUCUGUACAAUAACCAGUUUCCUUUAAGAUUAGCAAAACAGUGAAAGGUGGUUUUUCAGUACUGUGUUGCUGGAGUUGUUUCUCAGUCCCAAAGGAAUUUGAAGUGUCUACAAAAGACCAUGUUAUUGCUGCUGUUGCCAGGGUGCCAGCUAUCUUCAGGGUAGAUGGCAUUCUUGUUACUUUGAUUUUUUAAGAAGCAGGGCAGAAAGGGAUUAAAUGGGGCCAAGAGUGUUCCAUGUUAUUACCUACGACGGUUGUAAUUUGCUUUGUUUUAAUACAUAACUGUGCUAAGUGGAGUGGGGAUGUAAAAAUUAAGCAAGUGUGCAGAGUUUCUAACAUAAACCACUAUGAACACAUUCAUUUGUACUGCCAAGAUUUCAGUACCGUGCUUGUUAUAUUAUUUUAGUGUAACAUGUACUCCUAUUUAAAAUACAUUACAUAGAGAUAAAAGUGUGUUUUCUUGAUUUAUGCAUAUCUAAGUCGAAACACUCAGAAGUCUCCCUGAAAUCAGUUACUCUUGUUUCCAAGUGGUCAUGUUUAGGGUGAAGGUAGUAGGGUUUCGACAUUAAUGUUCAGGUGUUUGUUAACUUUUUCCCUUGUGCACACACUUUAUAGUGUUCCUUGCCUUUAAGAUGACUGAAUUAUUGGUUAGCAAGAACGUCUUAUUGUAUUAACUGUAUAUAAAAUAUUCUUAACAUCAGAUAGUAUGGAAUCUCCAUUUAUCAUGCCAAAAAAAUUCCCUGUCCUAAAAGAAUGAUGGAAUCAGCCUUGUGAGAAUAAGAUCUUGUUGAAAGCCAAAGUGGAAGAGCAAACUUUUCAAAGGCAGCAUGAAUCGCUAAGUAGUGAGACUAUAACAAAGUGUACGGAUAAUUCUACCCACAGAACUAUUCAUAGUUGAUUGUUAACUUUCCAGUUUAAGUAUUAUGACAAAGGACGAAGCUUACAGGGAAGAAUUUAGUUAUGAUAGGAUGCCAACUUUGGAACGAGGAAAACAAGAGAAUGGAAAUUAUGCUCCUGAAAUAAAAUCUAGUGAUCUUCAGCUGUCAAAGAGAUUUCAUCCUUGUUUUAGUUAUAGAACAUGGAUCUAUUCUUUGCUGAUGGGGACUUGUAUACUUGUGACCUCUGGAUUUUCACUUUAUUUGGGAAAUGUUUUUCCAUCUGAAAUGGAUUACUUACGCUGUGCAGCAGGUUCAUGUAUUCCCGCAGCAGCUGUGAGUUUUGCCAUAGCCAGAAACAAAGUUAAUGUGAUACCAAAUUUUCAGAUUCUCUUUGUUUCUACAUUUGCUAUCACAACAACAUGUUUAGUUUGGUUUGGGUGUAAACUUGUCCUGAAUCCUACAGCAAUCAAUAUAAAUUUCAACUUGAUUCUCCUAAUUCUACUGGAAAUUUUCAUGGCAACUACUGUAAUAAUUUCAGCUAGGUCUAAUGAGGAGUGCUACAGAAGGAAAAAAACAACCCAGUAUGAUAGUACUAGCACACUGAAUAACAUCAGUUUUCCAACACGGAUCCUGAAAUCCUAUUCAGUAAUUGAAGUGAUUAUUGGAAUUUCUGCUGUAUUUGGUGGAAUAAUCGCUUUGAAUAUGGAUGUACUAGUCUCAGGCCCAUAUCUUUCAGUAACUUUCUUUUGGAUCUUAGUUGCUUGUUUCCCCUGUGCCAUUGCAAGUCAUGUUGCUGCUGAAUAUCCAAGUAAAUGUUUGGUAGAAGUCCUGAUUGCCAUAAGCAGUGUUACAUCUCCAUUAUUAUUCACAGCUUCCGGAUACUUAUCCUUCAGUAUCAUGCGAAUUGUCGAUAUCUUUAAAAACUAUCCACCAGCAGUUAAAUCUUACGAUGUUCUGCUGCUGCUUCUAAUGCUGAUGCUGUUAAUUCAAGCUUUCCUAACCACUGGCACUGUCAUACAGUGUGUAAGCUUCAAGGCAAAAAUGAAAAUGCAUGACUCAUUAUGGGGUGUGCCACAAAUGAACAAGCAAGAGUACAAAACAACAGAUUUUCAAUCAGUGCAUAGGAGUGGAACAUGGCUGGACAUCCUGAUUAAAUGGCUCAGUAGUACUACUCAGGAGUUACUCUAAAGGACUACUAAAUUUCAAUAGGACCUGCUCUAGUAAAUUUGUUUAGAUGUCAGUUUUCAGCAUUUGUCAAUCAUUUAUAUAACUUUAAAAUAAUACUUUCUUCAUGUCUAAUACUGGAAUAUUUGAAAUAAGACAUUUGUAUCUUUGCAUUUCUACCUGCCUCAUAUACUUGGUUAGUCUGGAUUCUACCAUCUUAAUUUUUUUAAUUAUAGUGUUUGAAAUCUUUUUGUUUU